AUGGCGGCCGUCGGCUGCCGUUCGCCUCAGCUGACAGGAUGGCGGCUGCUCCCGUUGCUGCUGCUGCUGCUGCUGUCGGCGGCCCCCGCGGGGGUCCGGGCCCGGCGGCGGAGCGACGUGCGGACCAUCACGGACGACAACUGGAAGGACCUGCUGGACGGCGAGUGGAUGAUCGAGUUUUAUGCGCCGUGGUGUCCUGCUUGUCAGAACCUUCAACCAGAAUGGGAAAACUUUGCCGAGUGGGGUGAAGAUCUGGAAGUUAACAUUGCAAAGGUGGAUGUCACAGAGCAGCCAGGACUGAGUGGCCGAUUCAUCAUAACUGCCCUCCCCACCAUCUAUCAUUGUAAAGAUGGAGAAUUUAGGAGGUACCAGGGUCCAAGAACAAAAAAGGACUUCAUAAACUUCAUAAGCGAUAAAGAAUGGAAGAGUAUUGAACCUGUCUCUUCAUGGUUUGGGCCCCGUUCUAUUCUGAUGAGCAGCAUGUCGGCUCUUUUUCAGCUAUCUAUGUGGAUUAGGCACUGCCAUAACUAUUUCACAGAAGAUCUUGGAAUACCAGUUUGGGGAUCAUAUGUAAUAUUUGCUUUAGUCACUCUGUGUUCAGGACUUGUCCUGGGACUUAUUAUGGUAUUUGUAGCAGACUGCCUUUGUCCUUCAAAAAGACAGAGACCCCAGCAGUACCCCUAUUCAAAAAAAAUACCACCAGAAUCUACCCGGAUCUUGAAAAAAUUGGAAGAGGAACAAGAGGCCGAUGAAGAAGAUCUUUCGGAUGAUGAUGCUGAGAACAAAAAGGCAUCCAACAGAGACUUUUCGCAGAAUGCAGUGAGACAACGCACCGUCAACCCUCCUGCAGCAGAUACAUCUUAGUUCGUUUUAUAGUUUUCAUAACGAUAGUGACGAGACGCGGCAGCCUCGUUUAUCUCUAACCUUUUGGUUAAAGUGAACCAUGACUUGAACGCUGCUGGGGUUCACUGUAGAUUUGCAAUCAUCGGUGAUCUACUUGUUAAAAAUGACCAUGAUACCUCUUCCCUCCCCACGCCCACCCUGCUACCAUUUUGAAGCUUUCAGAAACUGCAGGAGUUGGAAAAGAUGCAGGAAGCCCAUGUGAAUCACCUGUGUAACAGAACAAACCCACCACGUGUCAUGCUUGAGCUCAUUUGUAGCUUCUGGUGUGUAAGGCUAAACUAUGCUCUGAGAACAGUACCAAUUCCUAUAUAUCCAAGGAGCUGGUGAUGAGCAAUAAUAUGUGUGUGUGUGUGUAUGUCUCCAAAGAUCAUUUCCGCCAAGUCCGUUAGAAGUAUGGAAUAAGUGUAUUGCGGUAUUAGUCAACAAAAGAAAGAAAAAUUGCCAAUCGAUUUUCUCUAGAACAUUCGGAAACCAUUUCACAUUGGUAUCAAUUUUCUCUGCUCCGUUGUGUGGAAAAUUAAGGAAAAUGUUUCCCAGGGGCCGGCAGUUUGCAGUAGACACUCUCUGGCAGUAGUAAGGAUGCAGAUUGAAGUUUCACAAUAAUGGAGUUAACCAAGACUACCCAUAUCUCUUCGCAGCAUGAGCUCAGUAUGGGAAAUAUUGGAUGUGUCCAUAUGAGGUAAAUCCAUAUUAUUUUUCUAGUUUGGCUAGCAUAGUGUUCUUGGUUAUAUGUAGAGUGCUUCUAUCCUUUCCCUCAUGUACCACUUUUUCUCAUUUUCCCAAAUUGAAUCGCAUCUGCUCAACUCCAGACUUUUCUUUAACAUUCUAAAAUGAUGGAGUUUUGUCCUUCGUCCAAAUGACAAAAAUGGUUAAAUUUCAGAGCUGGCUUUCUGAACCUUUCCAGGAUCCAGUGUCAAGCAUAAUUUAGUCCAUCAAUUCUUUAGGAUGUGAAAGACUGUAUACAUGAAUUGUGUUUGGGAAAAACUCAGUAUUUUUGGAAGUGAUUUUCUGGGUAAGAACUUUUUUUCUAAAGAACAGAGAGAGAGAGAGAGAGAGAGAGAGAGAGAGAGAGUGUGUGUGUGUGUGUGUGUGUGUGUGAGCAUUUUUAAUUUCAGACAGUGCAAGUGAAUUUAAUUUUACAACACUUUAACAGUAGCAUAGGUUAUCUAGUAGGAAUUUUAAGGUCCUCAGUAUAAGCAAAUAGGAAAAAGCAUCAAUUCCCAGAGGAAAAAGUUUUUAACUGAUUUUACCAAAUAUAUAAUUAGCGGAUGUUUUUCUGAAAGGAGCAUUCCAAUUUUUUACUGCACCUUACUGUGCUGUUAACAUUGUUAGCAGAAAGAGGUACCUCUCUCUUGCUUAGUGUGAAAGAAGAAUCGUGUGUGUUCUCAGCUCAGUGUUAGAGCAAAAUACAUUUUAUGCUCUUAAAAAGGGACCAAAAAAAAAAAAAGGCAGGAGGAGGAGGGAAAAUGUGGAGAGCCACUGGGGAAGAACAACCAAAGUAAUCUUCAAAAACAAUUUCCACAAUAAUGCGCUCCCUGUAGUGUUCGCCUCAUCCAGAUUUUGCUGCCAGUAUUUGAUCCCUCUAAAUAGCCUGCUUACCCUGCUUCACAUUGUUUAAAAAGUUUCUUCAAAGGGCUUUUUUUUUUUUACAAUUGUGAACGUUUGUCACAAUUACAGUGCCAUAAAAAUUGAUAUGUUAUGUGGAAGCUUCUGCCAAAGUACAGGCAGCAGACUGAACUUUCAAAAGCAGUUCAGUGACUAACACUGAAGCUAGUAUGAUUUACAGUUGUGUAUUGAAAUUAAAAAGGAUAAAGCAGU